ACGACUCUCCUACCAGUCUCUUCACAAUCUUCAGUCAAAUCUAGACCCGACCCGAUAUUUGUUAUCCAUGAUCGGAUGCUGUAGUUUUUGCCCAUGUUUCGGAAUCUCCGGCGACGCCGACGACGAUCUGGGCCGCUCCAAUCUAGACCCGGUGCUGCUAAUCUCCGGCAUCGGUGGCUCCAUUCUCCAUUCCAAGAGGAGGCGGCGCGGGUUCCAGACCCGGGUUUGGGUCCGGAUCUUCUUGGCUGAUUUGGAGUUCAAGAAGAAGCUCUGGUCUAUCUACAAUCCGAAAACAGGUUAUACAGAAGCACUAGAUGAUGACUCAGAAAUUCUGGUCCCUGAUGAUGAUCAUGGACUUUAUGCGAUUGAUAUUUUAGAUCCCUCUGUGCUGACAAAAUGUUUACAUCUGAAGGAGGUAUAUUAUUUUCAUGAUAUGAUUAAUAUGCUCCUUCGAUGUGGGUACAAGAAGGGAACCACAUUGUUUGGAUAUGGUUAUGACUUCCGGCAAAGCAAUAGAAUUGACAAAGCGAUGGAAGGCCUAAAAAUAAAGUUGCAAACUGCAUACAAAGCUUCUGGGGGUAGAAAAGUUAAUAUAAUUUCACAUUCAAUGGGUGGAUUGCUAGUGUCCUGUUUCAUGUCACUCUACAAUGAUGUAUUUUCCAAAUAUGUAAAUAAGUGGAUCUGCAUUGGGUGUCCUUUUCAAGGUGCACCAGGAUGCAUCAAUGGUUCCCUUUUGACUGGAUUGCAAUUUGUUGAUGGCUUGGAAAGCUUCUUUUUUGUAUUGAGGUGGACAAUGCAUCAACUGUUGGUCGAGAGCCCAUCAAUAUAUGAAAUGAUGGCAAAUCCAGAAUUCCAGUGGAAAAAGCAACCUGAGAUUCAGGUUUGGAGAAAGCAAUUCAAGGAUAAGAAAACUUCUUCAGUCGUGCUGGAAACAUAUGGCCCAACUGAAAGCAUCACUCUGUUUGAAGAAGCUUUGAGAGAUAAUGAGGUGAGUUAUAAUGGGAGAACGAUAGCUGUGCCAUUCAACUUUUCUAUUCUUCAAUGGGCUACUGGUACUCGUCAAGUUCUCAAUAAUGCUCAACUACCAACUGGAGUCUCCUUUUACAACAUUUAUGGGACAUGUUUUGACACACCAUUUGAUGUUUGUUACCAGUUCAGUGAUGUUGUCUGCUUGAGUUUCUCUGGUAAAGCGUGGUCUUUGUGUUGUUCAUUCCUUCUGGAAUCAGAUUGCUAUGGCUCGGAAACUUCUCCAAUCAAUGACUUGUCUGACUUAUGCCACACAAUUCCUGAGUAUUCUUAUGUGGAUGGAGAUGAAACUGUUCCAGCUGAAUCAGCAAAGGCAGAUGGAUUUGCAGCAACAGCAAGAGUAGGAGUUGGUGCUCGUCAUCGGGAUCUCUUACGGGACAAAAAGGUAUUCCAUCUCAUCCAGAAGUGGUUGGGAGUGAGCCCAAAACAUUCAAGAACUUCCAGAGUGACGAAUAUUUCAGCAAAUUAACACCCCUCUGUAAGAAACUCUCUUUUGCACGAAAAUGGUAUGUUUCAUAGAAUCAAAACUAAUAAAACAGAUUUUCUUGCUAAAACUAACCGGGACUGGCGAUCCCUUUCCUGAAAAUUCAUGAUUUGAAUAAUUCAUACUUUACAACUGUGUAAAAUUACUUCACUUGAUCUUGUAAAUCAUAUUACAAAGAUUAUAGCUAUAGUAGCUGUGUUGUUUGGAUUUGUAACAUUUUCCCAAAUGUGGGUUAUGCAAUGUAUACUAUAUACUUCAAACUGAUAAAAAAUUGUUGCUCUUUUUGUUUUUGGAUUUCA